AUGAAGAUCGCACUCCCGGUUGGCCUCUUUUCAGAGUCUGUGCGUUCAAAGCUCUAAAGUGCUAGCCGGGAAGGCGACCCCCAUGGCCUCCUUCCGCUAAUUAAAUCCCUACCGUCUGCUACAGAGGUCAGUCUUCUCCUUUCCGUCCUCAUAUAGUUCGCCGGUCGGUCUCGAUCAAGCAAACAGGAGGGAGCGAAAAAAAAACAAACAAACAAGAGCAAGAGAGGAGAUGGCGUCGUCGUCGUUGCUCGUCGCAGUGGUGGUGCUGCUGCUGGGUGCAGCAGUCCAAGCCGAGAACCCCUACCGCUACUUCACGUGGAACAUAACGUAUGGCACCCGCUCCCCUCUGGGCGUGCCUCAGCAGGUCAUCCUAAUCAAUGGGGAGUUCCCGGGACCCAACAUCAACUCCACCACCAACGACAACAUCGUCGUCAACGUGUUCAACGAGCUGGACGAGCCCUUCCUGCUCACCUGGAGCGGCAUUCAGCAGAGGAAGAACUCCUGGAUGGACGGCAUGCCCGGCACCAACUGCCCCAUCCCCCCCGGCGGCAACUUUACCUAUCACUUUCAAGUCAAGGACCAGAUCGGCAGCUACUUCUACUUCCCUUCCACCGCCAUGCACAAGGCUGCCGGCGCCUUCGGCGGCCUCCGCGUCAACAGUCGCCUCUACAUCCCCGUUCCCUUUGAUGACCCUGCCGACGAUUUCACCGUGCUCAUCGGGGAUUGGUACACCAGGAGCCAUGGGGCAAUUAGGAAGGUCUUGGAUAGCGGAAGGUCUCUCGCCAAACCCGAUGGGGUCCUCAUCAACGGGAAAUCCGGAAAGAGCGAGAACGAGAGCGCAGUGUUCGACGUGGAGGCUGGGAAAACCUAUCGCUACAGGAUCUGCAACGUGGGGAUAAAGACUUCCCUCAACUUCAGGGUGCAGGGCCACCAGAUGAAGCUGGUGGAGAUCGAAGGUUCGCACACGGUGCAGAACAUCUACGAUUCCCUGGACAUCCAUCUGGGCCAGUGCUACUCCGUGCUCAUUACCGCCGACCAAGCCCCCGGCGAUUACCACAUCGUCGCGUCCACCAGGUUCACCAAGUACCAGCUGAGCGCCACCGGGCUGAUCCGCUACUCUAACUCCAGCAAGCCAGCCACCCAGGUGCUGCCCCCACCACCCGCCGGCGUCUCCUGGUCCGUCAACCAAUUCCGCUCCUUCAGGUGGAACUUGACGGCCAGCGCUGCCAGGCCGAACCCUCAGGGAUCUUACCACUACGGCCAGAUAAACAUUACCCGCACCAUCAAGAUCGUCAACUCGAAGGAAAAGGACGCCCAGGGGAAGCUGAGGUACGCAAUCAACGGCGUCUCCCACGUCCAGGCAACCACUCCGCUGAAGCUGGCCGAGUACUUCGGUGUGGCCGAGAAAGUGUACGACGACAGCAUCAUCGUGGACGACCCCAGCGCCAAAUCCAACUCCUCCUCUGCGUUGAGGGUAGAGACGGCUGUGCUGAACGGCAUCUUCCGCGACUUUGUGGAGAUCGUGUUCGAGAACCACGAGAAGAGCCUUCAAUCUUGGCAUCUGGAUGGCUACUCCUUCUUCGCCGUAGGGAUGGAGCGCGGCAAGUGGACUCCCGCCAGCCGCAGCGUGUACAACAACCUUGACGCCGUGAGCCGACACACGGUUCAGGUGUAUCCCAAGUCGUGGACGGCCAUCCUGCUGACGCUGGACAACGCCGGCGCGUGGAACCUGAGGAGCGAGAUGUGGGAUCGCCAGUACCUAGGGCAGCAGCUAUACGUCAGCGUCGUCUCCCCAGCUCGGUCCCUCCGAGAUGAAUACAACAUGCCGGACGGCCAACCUCUCUGUGGCAUCGUCGACGGCCUCCCCCUCCCCCCUCCUUACAGUUAAUUCCAGACUCGACCGACCACCGGAAUGAUCGAUCGAUGACUCUUCCACUCAGUCUGACCGCAGGAACGAGCAGCAAAGAAGAUACCGUCUCUCUGGAGCUCAAUCAUUGUAUGCAUGUAACGAGGCAGGCUCGAUUAAAAUCGAUGGAUUGGAUUGGAUUGGCUUGGCUUGAAGUAUUUUUUUUUAAUUAAAUAAUACCGCAUUUACAUAAA